AUGGCUUAUCAAAAACCUGUAGUAGAAUCUAAAACUAUUCCACUGAAAAUAUUGGUGGACAAACAAAGAAACAAAGUUGUUUUUGUUGAAACAACUAAAGACUUUGUUGACACUCUUUUUAGUUUCCUUUCUCUUCCUCUUGCUACCAUUGUUCGUCUCUUAGAAACAAAUAACAACAAUAACCAACAACCACAGCAACCAGAAACAUCACCGUUCCUUGAUAACAUGAGAAAUCUCUACCAAUCCGUCCAAAACCUCGACUCGGACGAUGUUUGGAACAACCAUCUGUGCAAACAAAUAUUGUUGCGUCCCAAGAAUCCAUGUGAAUCCCUUUGCACGAAGUUGUUCAUGAAUAUUGAUAACACUGAACUAUCAAAUAAGUAUUUUGUUUGUUUUUCUUGUUACAAGUUCACAACUUUUCAAAAUGUUGGUUAUAGUUGUACAUGCGGAAGUUCCUCUAUUAGAGAGGCCUGGAAUUUGGAUUCUGAGAACCAGAAUAAUGCCCAAGAUGGUGUAUUAUUUGUUAGAAAAAAUGGACCAAUGUUUCUGAUUUCUGAUGAUUUGAAGAUUGUGCCAAGUUCAAUGUUGAGUUCCUUAGAGAUGUUGAUCCAAUCGGGCCAUUCCGACUUGACUCAAUUAGAAGAAAUCACACACAACAUUGGCAAGCAUGAGAUGUUAAACCUCCUGAAGUAUACCUUAAUCUCUCAGGAGCCUCUAACGAAUACAAUUUUGGCAAGUAAUUCCAUAAACAAAGACAUUACGCCUAACCAAAUUGCAUCCGUUGUUAGAGAAACUCCCUUGGCUAAUGACAACACCCGGAAAAUGGUUGUUAAAGUAAUGCAAAGUAAAUCUCAGAAAAAUAUAAUCUAUGCAGAAACCAAAGGAGAUUUUGUUGACUUCAUUUUUAGGUUUCUUACCAUGCCAUUAGGAUCCAUAGUAAAGCGUUUGGGAGUAAACUCUUUUGCCGGACCUGUUGGUAAUUUGUACGAGAGUAUGGAGAGCUUUGAUCCGACUUCAGUGUUUCUCAAUCCUGGCAUAGUACAACAAUCUAAUUGUCUAAACCAUCCUCUUAACAUUCCCCAUGUCCUACCACGUCCCGCUACAUAUUAUUAUGACUAUAAAAUUGGAGGAGUGAUUUCUAAGUCAUCGGAAUCUAGCUCAAGAAUAAAACCCAUUGUUUCACGGGACUUCGACAUGUUAAAAGGUGUUGUGGGAUUUGUGAAGCAAGAUGCAUUAUAUGGUGUAGGAGACGAUCUUAAAGUAAAAAAAGUUUCGGCUAAUUUUUGCUUUUCGUAUCUGAAAGAACUGAACCUUUCUCUUGAUGAUCUUGAAGUGAAGGCGAUAAGCAUCGGUGAAAUUGAGGCUUUGAGCCUCCUUGGAGCUUGUGUGACAUCAAACUUUACCUUAACUAGUGGACUCAAACACUUCUUGAAUGUGCCAAAACAAGAAUCCACUUUGACAUAA